GCAGCAGAGGCCGGCAAAGAAUACUUGAAAGCAACGGAGGGGGGCCAGGUCUCCGGUUGUGCGAUGCGAGAAUGUCAGCGAAGGAUCUCCUUUUUUAGGCAAACGGAAUUGCAAAUUGCUAGAAGGAAGAGGAGGGCAGCAACAAAGGAGGCGUCUCGAAGAAUAUCAGGCAAAUAGCUCUUAUCUCCUGCCGUCUUUAUUUCAGCGGGAGAGAGAGAGAGAGAGAGAGAGAGAGAGAUGGCGGGUGAACGGAAGGUUGGGGUGGCGCUGGACUACUCGAAGAGCAGUAAGAUGGCGCUGCAGUGGGCGGUUGACAACCUGAUGCAGAAGGGAGAUAUGCUUCUGCUCAUCCACGUGAAGCCCAGCAAGGGAGACGAGGUGCGCAACGUCCUCUGGGCGCAGUGCGGAUCCCCAUUGAUUCCUCUGACGGAGUUCAGAGAUGCUAGUUCGAUGAAGCAGUACGAUGUCGCAAUCGACGCAGAGGUCUUGGACAUGCUUGAUACGGCUGCGAGGCAGAAAGAAGUGACGAUCGUGACGAAAAUAUAUUGGGGGGAUCCGAGGGAGAAGCUCUGUGAUGCGGUGGGCGAUCUGAAGCUUGAUUCCUUGGUGAUGGGCAGCCGAGGUCUAGGACAGAUCCAAAGGAUCUUGCUUGGAAGUGUUUCCAAUUAUGUUCUGUCAAAUGCAUCUUGUCCUGUGACAAUCGUGAAAGAUCUAAAGCCCAAGCAUUGAAGAAGUAUAUCUCCAGUGUGUUUAGCAAAACUUGAACUUUACAUUGUAGUGCAAUAAGCCGUCAAGUAUCUGGUACAUUUUUUGAUGCUAUGAAGUAAAAUGAAUAGGUUUUUGAAAGAGGAAGAAUGAAUAUAUUUGUUACACUUUAGAAUUU